UGUAUCACAUUCUGAGGAAACUUUUGGGGAUAUGUCUAAUUUCAGUGACCUGUUUCUCAGAAAUGUGUGUAUGUUCUAUUUAAAAUUACAGGGACAACAUCUUAUUCCAGCAUCUACUAUUCAGAGCAUUGUCGAAGAGAUUCAGAAUAUACAUGAGUUGGGACAAACAUACACUUUGAAUAAAUUAAACUUGCUUCUGAAAGAUUUGUCAGUAUCAGAUGAAGAUAUUGUAAAAAUCUGUGAUACAGUGAAGGAAUCUGACUUGUUCUCAGCUUGCCACACAGGACCUAUGAGAACAGCAUAUUCUAGAGCCCAGUGCUUUAAGAAAAUGUUUAAUUAUAUUGAACCAAAAAGGGUGUUUUUAGGCAGAGAUGAGAACAGAACAGAAAGAUUUGCAUAUUAUGUUCCUGUGUUGAACACUUUGAAGAGUAUGUUAGAGUCAGAUUUUUGGCAGGGGCUCAUGUCAGUAGAUCAUAAUAAUAAUGUUUCUGUACCAGAUGUUCUCUGUGACAGCCAUGAUGGUAAAUUGUUUAAAACCAACACCUUUUUUCACAAAAACCCAACUUGUCUUAAACUGGUCUUAUACCAGGAUGCAUUUGAGGUGGUGAAUCCUUUGGGUUCUGCAAAAAGGAAGCACAAAAUUUUGGCUGUGUACUUUUCACUAUUAAAUGUGCCCCCCCAUGUCCGAUCAAGUGUUGAUCACAUGCAGCUGGCUUUGUUGUGUAGAGAGAAAGACUUUAAAGAAUUUGGCCAUGCCAAGGUUUUUUCGAAGUUGGUGGCUGACUUGAAAGUCCUGGAGGAGACAGGGAUAACAAUAGCAGAUGAAACUGUUGUUAAAGGAACUCUUUACUGCAUUGCCGGAGACAACCUGGGCUCACAUUGCAUUGGUGGAUUUACAGAAAAUUUCAGUUCCUCAGAAUAUUUCUGCAGAUUCUGUCUAAUUUCUCAAACUCAAUUUCAGGGUUGUGACCCAACUUCAUGUGGACCAGAGCGCACCACUGAAAAUUACAGGUCUGCAGUUGAUCAGUUAGAGACUGAACAAGUGCCAGACAUUCAAGGAAUAAAGUUCAGGUCCAUUAAGCAGUUCAAAUAUACAGCCACAGAAGCUUCCUCCAAGCCAUGUGAGAUAUGGCAGAAUCAGAAAUACAGAGGAUAAACAGUGCAAUUACUGCAGUUUUUCCUGAUCUUCCUGUAGCAGUUCUCAAUUCAGUUGUAGAUACUUUGAAGGCACUUGGUGCAGAGACUACAGAUGAUCUGCAGUACAUUACAGAAGGAGACUUGCUGCCAGUGUUGAAGCCAGUGCAAGCCAGAAGACUUGUUGUUUCCUGGGCCCAGAACAAUUCAGCGGCUCCAAUUCCAACCUCAGUGUGUCCCUCUCCAGUUUCUAUCUGUUCGAAUCCACCCGCUAGUUCUCCCUCAUCAGCAUCAACCACAUCCACCUCAUCGUCCCCAGGUGGCAGUUCCACUUUUCGCCCAGACUGGGUAGACAAUUUCCAGAUACCAUGGCAAAAGCUUCCUGAAGAGUUACUGCAAAGUCUUGAAAGGCAGAAAAGACCUAGUCCACGACUACGACGGGAGAUGAUAAGGAUUGUGGCUUCUGAAAUUAUGAAGGUGUAUAGUAAUCCAACCAAACGUAACACUACAGAAAUAGGCAAGAGAAUGGUGGCCAAGUAUCCAAAAUCUCUACAAGAUGUCAUUGAGGGUGAUGUUGUUGGACCUGGAUAUCAUUCACUGGCCAAGCAACUCCAAGCGCGAGUUGACAAUGUUAAACGACCUAACACACCAAAGAUAAAAAAACGCAAGCCAGCAUCAGAUGGAUAUGACACAGAGGAAGUUCCAGCUAAACAAAAAGCAAGUGUUCAAGACACAUAUGGCUGUGUCAACUGGGAGCUGAAAUAUUUGCCACUUUCUGAGACUGGGGAUAGUCAACAAGAAAAAAAAGAAAAGCUGAAGAUGAUGUUUCAAGAGAUGAACUACAAUACAGACGACAUGAAAAAAUUAGUACAGUCCACCUUUUACACGCAGCGUAAAGACAUCAACAAGGGGACAAGCAUCAGGCAACUUACCCAAGAGUGGCCAUUUUUGUUCAAUGAAGCUGGUAUGGCAGCACACUUCCAAGAACUUACUGGUGUGAGUCUAAUGGAGUGCUUCCUUGCCAAUGUGGACAAGAAGUGUAGACGCCUCUUAAGCUUCUUAAAAAGUGUUGAUGCACCAAAACACAAACAGGUUCAGGAUGCCUUUAUCAAGUUUCAGACUGAGAGAGGCCAAUUGGAUGGUUGCCCAGGAGAUAUCAUACAGAUGGUACUUCUUUUACUGGCUCAUUUUGGUGAAAAGGAGGAGAACCUGUUCCAUUAUGUUGAUACAACAUGCCUGGCCCAAGAGGUUCUGACAGAGAAGUUGCCAGCAACACCCUGCAUUAUUGUGUGUGGGUCCUCCUGCUUUACUGCUGGGACGUUCAUGUUGAGCAUUGACCAAGAGGUUGUCAACGACCACAUCACUUCUUUCAUACAUGCCUUCUGUCUGUUGUUUGGCAGUUACUACUGCUUCAACAUACACUACCCAGUGGAACUACGGUCAACACUAGAGUUCUUUCAAAGGUGUUUCUUCUCAAUUAAUCCCGAAAGAGGCACCAAAGUCCAGUGGAAGAAAAACAAGAAAGUGCUUCCUGUCAAUCCCAGAGUCCUCACUCUGAUUGCAGACCUUGCCGACUAUGAGUGGACCUAGACAUAACUUAUGGACAGUAUGUUAAGGUAUAGUGCAAGUUCCAUAUUGUCGCUGCCCCAAAAAUCUCCAAAGUAGUAGGAUUUUCAAUGUAAGAUAAUGUAAAGAGGCUUUGUUCCAAGUGAUUUUGGAGCAUUUCUAUAGAUCUAAUCAUCAUGAAAUUUUCACAGGAUAUUCUCAAAUGAUGUAGAAAACUAAAAAGCCACAAAAAAGAAAAUACAUGUUUUUCUUUGGACAGCGACAAUAUAGUGCAGUUGUUUUUGUUUUUGUUAAAAUCUUACCAAAAUGUUCACUGAAAGUUCUGAGAGCUACUGUAAGUGUAUACACCUGGCUAUUUGCUGUCUGGAGCCAAUUCAGAUUCAGUUUUAUUUUUUGUAUUAUUUUGUAUUUGUUUUAUAAGAAGCAUACAUUUGUUUUCGGGAUUUUUAUUGGUCAUUAAAAUGUUAAAUACAACUUUUAUCUUAUGUGUAAUUAUUUAU